AAGAACAACACGUAACAUUUAUUAAGACGUUGAUCGGGCUCAGCUGCUUUUAACAGAACAAGAAGAAAAAAAGGAGCAAUGGUUGCAGAUUUAACAAUUGAGCCAAGAAGAAAAAAUGGGGUCUCGUCCUCAUGCACUGGGGUGUAAGGGAUCAGACAAUAAAGAAGUGAAAGUGUAACUCCAGACAUUUGUUUGAUGUUGGUGUGGACUGAAGUCAGGAGAGUACAGUGGGGAGAGAUUGUGUCAUUAUUGGUGGGAUUUCUUUGAUUUUGUUCAUGAAAAAUGGAAUCUGAAGAGAAAACUGUGAUUGAGGAACAUGAUGUUGGAGGUGCUGCAAGCCAAGGAAGAGAUGCUGUUCCUGUUCAACAGGUUGAAGAUUCAACUGGAAUAACUGAGGAAACGAUUCAUGCUCAUCAUUGGAAGCGAAGCAAUCUCUUUCUAGAGAUACCCUCUAGAACUUUGGAAGACUCUUCUCAAGAGUCUGUCAUAAUAAAGAUGCCUCCAACACCUAGUCUGACUCCCAGAAAAGUGAAUUUUCUCUUGACUCCUAGUCCAUCUGAUGCAAGAAUUAGUGGGUCCCCAGGUCCCUCCUCAUCUAAAGGCAAAUCAUCCUUGAAGAGUCUCAUACCAAAACUAAGCUUCAAGCAUAGAAGUAUUAAUUCGGAUAUCGAAAAGGCUGCAAACUUUGCUCCAGAAUCUUCUUCCACUUCACUAAGAGAGAAGCCCUCCAUCUCGAGGACAUUGUCACUUACAAAGAUAUUUACUCCUCGGAUAAAAAGGACAUCAUCACUGCCUGUAACUCCUAUUGCAAGUUCAAACCCGGAAUCUGCAAGCGUUGGAAGCGUAGAUGGCUCUGUAAAUUCUAGUAGAAAAGGAGGCAUGCUGCAGAUAUCUCGCUCACUUUCAGUUCCUGUAAACAACAAAGAAGGAAAAUUAAGGAGAAUGGAUUCAUUUUUUCGAGUGGUUCCCUCAACCCCACGAGUAAAGGAAGGAGAAAUAAGUUCAAGUGCUUCUGUGGGACCUGAUGCUGAAAACAGUGACCCUGAUGGUGAGGACAUACCUGAAGAAGAGGCUGUUUGUAGAAUUUGUCUGGUUGAACUAUGUGAAGGAGGUGAAACACUUAAGAUGGAAUGCAGCUGCAAAGGCGAUCUUGCUUUGGCCCACAAAGACUGUGCUGUGAAAUGGUUUACCAUCAAAGGCAACAAGACAUGUGAUGUGUGCAAGCAAGAGGUUCAGAACCUACCUGUCACUCUUUUACGAAUCCAAAGUAUACGAGCUAGAAAUGGUGGAACAAGCAGAGCUCUUCAGGCUGAUGUUCAUGCAUACAGGAUUUGGCAGGAGGUCCCUGUUCUUGUUAUCGUCAGCAUGCUUGCAUAUUUUUGUUUUCUUGAGCAGCUUCUGGUUGGAAAAAUGGGUACUGGAGCAAUUGCUAUAUCUCUUCCAUUUUCUUGUGUGUUAGGCCUCCUUGCAUCUAUGACUUCGUCAACCAUGGUGAAGCGAAGAUUUGUCUGGGUUUAUGCAUCAAUUCAAUUUGCUUUGGUGGUUAUUUUUGCUCAUAUAUUUUAUUCGUUGGUGAAAGUACAAGCAAUUCUAUCAGUUCUCCUUGCAACAUUUUCUGGAUUGGGUGUUGCAAUGAGUGGGAGUUCUAUCAUCGUUGAGAUCCUGCGAUGGAGAAGAAGAUGGCGUGCUUGGUCAGAGCAGCAGCAGCAGCAGCAGCAGCAGCAGCAUAGUUUGCAAGUGAUGACUCGACCACCAGUCCAAUCUCCUAGAGCUGUUAAUUCACCUAGGAGAGGUCCUAAUGUAAACCGGCAGAAUGCAGAAACUUUGGUGGGAGCUGAUUUGGUUUCUUACUUAAGAGCACAACAUUGAGGCUCCCACACUGCAUUUGUAAUUUACUUGAAGAUGAAGCAUUGUUGCUUCUGUAAUAUAAACCCUAUAGGCUCUCAUACAUUCCACCAUUUAGACCAAAUGAAAAAGAAGAUUCAAAAACCACAUACCAACUACCCUGCAAAUUAAUGUAAGUUUCUGAGGUUUAUCUUCCAAGAGAUUUCAAUGAAUUAGGUUGUAAUGUGUUUGCAAAAGGGUAUAAAAUGAAUACAUAUUUGCAAUUUUGCACUGUUUUAAUGCAGUUUCUUCUUCUCCAAGGCUGUUAAAUGC